GACGAUGCCGGUGACCCUGGAACUGCGGCUCCUCCUGCUGGCACUGGCGCUGCGGGGGGAGGCAGUGUCCCCCUCAGUGUCCCCUGCCACAUCUCCCCCCGAGUCCCCCUCCGAGACGUGCGGGGCAGCGCUGGCAGAUGUGCUGAGGCGGCUGCGGGAGCUCGAGGGACACGUGCAGGCACUGAGGGGACACUGUGGGGACAAGGGGGGACCCCAGGCCGGGACAGGCCGGUCGGUGCAGCUCUGUGCGCCCCCUGCCGGCGGCGGCUGCGCCUGCCCCGCCCCCUCGGGCGAGGCCCCGCCCCCGGCCCCGCCCCCCGCGUGCCCGCGCGGCUGCAGCGACCAGGGCCGGUGCGAGCGCGGGCGCUGCCGCUGCUUCCCGGGAUUCCGCGGCCCCGACUGCGCCACCCCCGCCUGCGCGCCCGGCUGGGGCGGCGCCCGCUGCGACAUCGAGGUGCCCUGGGUAACACCACAGUUGGCCUCCCGCACGCCAACGUCCCUGCGCAUCACCUGGCCGCAGCCCCUCGUUCCUCCUGAUGGCUACCGGGUGACACUUGUCCCCCUGGAUGACCCCGUGGCCAUGACAACGCACGAACUGCCCAGCUCUGCUGUCGCUUUCUCAGUGACAGGGCUGUCUCCAGGCCGCCCCUUCGAGCUGCUGGUCCAAGCCCGGCGGGGGCCGCAUCUGGGGGCACCUGGGGUCCUGCGUCUGCGCACAGCACUCAUCCCGUCUGUGCCCCACUAUGAGGGGUCGCCAGGGUUGCCUCAGGGCUCCCUGGGAUCCCCAGCAGUGGCACCAUCAGUCCGAGGGCCCCCAGGAUCCCCAGGGUCACUGGAGUCCCCAGGGUCACCAGUAUCACCCAUAUCGCCAGACUUGUCCUUGGGGUCGCCAGCACCCCCCAAGGCUCCAGCAUCUCCAGUAGCUCGAGGGUCCCUGGGAUCCCCAGCACCCGCAAGGUCAUCCAUGUCACCAGAAUCCCCAGAGUCACUAGCAUCACCAGAAUUCCCAGGAUCAUCAGAGUCCUCAUUGUCCCCAGAGUUCCCAGAGCUGCCAGGGUCCCCAGAAUCCCCAGUGUUUCCAGGGUCCCCUCCACCCCAGUGGUCCCCAGUGUCCCCGUGGCCCCCACUGUCCCCCGGCAUCCCCUCCCUGCAGGACCUGGUGGCCCGGCUGUCCACGUACAGUGGAUCCUUGCUCCAGCGUCUCGAGAGCCACCUUCGGGCCACCAACUUCCCACUCCGUGGCAACCAGACAGUGCCAGGGGUGGCCCGUGCCAUCCUGGCCUACAUCCUGCGCCGGCACCCAACCCUUGGGAGAGGACAAGGACUCACAGGGGAGGGUGGAAACCAGGAGCCAGUGCUGGAAUGGGGGGACAUGGAUGGGAUGAAGCUGACGGAGCCAUGGAGGGACGUGGGGAAAACAGUCAAAGCCGAGCCAGAAGAGCUGCGUCCAUCCCAGCCAGUCCUGGGUGACCUCAGUGUCACCAGUGUCACCCCCAGCUCCAUGCAGCUACAGUGGAGCGUCCCUGAGGGCUCCUUUGACUCCUUCACGCUGCAGUACCGGGAUGCCCAGGGCCAGCCCCAGGCCCUGCCCAUCGAUGGCGGGUCCCGCUCAGUGACGGUGCCAGGGCUGUCCCCUUCCCAGCGGUACCGCUUCCACCUCUAUGGGCUGAGGGGUGAGAAGAGGAUCAAUCGUGUCUCCAUUGAUGUCAUCACAGCUGCAGAAGAGCCAGAGGAGUUGUCCUUGCCCUCAGAGGAGCCCCAACAUGAGAAAUCCCAACCUGAGGCCCCCGCAUCUAAUACCUCCCCAGCACGGGCAACACUGGGAGAGCUGAGGGUCACCAGCAUCAGCCCCGGCUCUGUGCAGCUGCAGUGGAGCAUCCUCGAGGGCUCCUUUGACUCCUUCAUGCUGCAGUACCGGGAUGCCCAGGGCCAGCCCCAGGCCCUGCCCAUUGAUGGAGGGUCUCAUUCAGUGAUGGUGCCAGGGCUGUCCCCGUCCCAGCAGUACCGCUUCCACCUCUAUGGGCUACAGGGCAGGAAGAAGAUUGAUCAUGUCUCCACCGAGGCCGUGACAGCUGUCGCAGAGCCGGAAGAGCUGCCCCUGCCCUCAGAGAAGCCCCAACAUAAAAAACCUCAAACUGAGUCCCCUGCAUCUGAGGCACCCCUUGUGCGGGCAGUGCUGGGGGAGCUGAAGGUCUCCAGUGUGACACCCGACUCUGUGCAGCUACAGUGGAGCGUCCCUGAGGGCUCCUUUGACUCCUUCAUGCUGCAGUACCGGGAUGCCCAGGGCCAGCCCCAGGCCCUGCCCGUCGAUGGCGGGUCCCGCUCAGUGACGGUGCCGGGGCUGUCCCCUUCCCAGCGGUACCGCUUCCACCUCUAUGGGCUGAGGGGCAGGAAGAAGAUUGACCAUGUCUCCACUGAGGCUGUGACAGGCACAGAAGAACCAGAGGAGAUGCUCCUGCCCUCAGAGGAGCAAAAACAUGAGAAACUUCAAACUGAGACGCCCCCAUCUGAGGCCCCCGUGGUGCGGGCAGUGCUGGAGGAGCUGAGAAUCUCCAGUGUGACACCCGACUCUGUGCAGCUCCAUUGGAGCGUCCCCGAGGGCUCCUUUGACUCCUUCAUGCUGCAGUACUGGGAUGCCCAGGGCAAGCCCCAGGCCCUGCCCGUUGAUGGCAGGUCCCGCUCAGUGACGGUGCCCGGGCUGUCCCCUUCCCAGCGGUACCGCUUCCACCUCUAUGGGCUGAGGGGCAGGAAGAAGACUGACCACGUCUCUAUUGACAUUAUCACAGGUGCAGAAGAGCGAGAAGAACUGCCCCCGUCCACAGAAGAACCGCAGCAUGGGAAACCCCAAACUGAGGCUCCCACAUCUACAGCCAUUCCAGCACAGGCGGUGCUGGAAGACCUGAGGGUCUCAAGCAUCACCUCCAGCUCUGUGCAGCUGCACUGGACUGUCCCCAGGGGCUCCUUUGACUCCUUUAUGCUGCAGUACCGGGAUGCCCAGGGCCAGCCCCAAGCCCUGCCUGUCGAUGGCGGGUCUCGCUCCGUGACGGUGCCGGGGCUGUCCCCUUCCCGCCGGUACCGCUUCCACCUCUAUGGGCUGCGUGGAGGCAAGAGGAUUGACCGUGCCUCUACUGACACUGUCACAGCCAGUGAAGAACCCUUGCCCUCCGAGGAGCCCCAACAGGAGAAGCCCAAAACUGAGUCCCCGGCCUCUGAGGCACUCCCAGCAAGAGCCGUGCUGGGGGAGCUGAGAGUCUCCAGUGUGACACCCGACUCUGUGCAGCUGCAUUGGAGCGUCCCUGAGGGCCACUUUGAUUCCUUCAUGCUGCAGUACCGGGAUGCCCAGGGCCAGCCCCAGGCCCUGCCCGUCGAUGGCGGGUCCCGCUCAGUGACGGUGCCGGGGCUGUCCCCUUCCCAGCGGUACCGCUUCCACCUCUAUGGGCUGAGGGGCAGGAAGAAGAUUGACCAUAUUUCCACUGAGGUUGUGACAGGAGCUGCAGAAGAGCCAGAAGAACUGCCCGAGCCCACAGAGGAACCACAGCAUGGGAAACCCCAAACUGAGGCCCCCACAUCUGCAGCCACUCCAGCACAGGCGGUGUUGGAAGACCUGAGGGUCUCAAGCGUCACCCCCAGCUCUGUGCAGCUGCACUGGACGGUCCCCAGGGGCUCCUUUGACUCCUUUAUGCUGCAGUACCGGGAUGCCCAGGGCCAGCCCCAGGCCCUGCCUGUCGAUGGGGGGUCUCGCUCCGUGACGGUGCCGGGGCUGUCCCCUUCCCGCCGGUACCGCUUCCACCUCUAUGGGCUGCGUGGAGGCAAGAGGAUUGACCGUGUCUCUACUGACACUGUCACAGCCAGUGAAGAACCCUUGCCCUCAGAGGAGCCCCAACAGGAGAAGCCCAAAACUGAGUCCCCGGCCUCUGAGGCACUCCCAGCAAGAGCCGUGCUGGGGGAGCUGAGAGUCUCCAGUGUGACACCCGACUCUGUGCAGCUGCAUUGGAGCGUCCCCGAGGGCCACUUUGAUUCCUUCAUGCUGCAGUACCGGGAUGCCCAGGGCCAGCCCCGGGCCCUGCCCGUCGAUGGCGGGUCCCGCUCAGUGACGGUGCCGGGGCUGUCCCCUUCCCAGCGGUACCGCUUCCACCUCUAUGGGCUGAGGGGCAGGAAGAAGAUUGACCAUGUUUCCACCGAGGUUGUGACAGGAGCUACAGAAGAGCCAGAAGAACUGCCCCCGCCCACAGAGGAACCGCAACAUGGGAAACCCCAAACUGAGGCCCCCACAUCUACAGCCAUUCCAGCACAGGCGGUGCUGGAAGACCUGAGGGUCUCAAGUGUCACCCCCAGCUCUGUGCAGCUGCAUUGGAGCGUCCCCAGGGGCUCCUUUGACUCCUUCACGCUGCAGUACCGGGAUGCCCAGGGCCAGCCCCAGGCCCUGCCCGUCGAUGGCGGGUCCCGCUCAGUGACGGUGCCGGGGCUGUCCCCUUCCCAGCGGUACCGCUUCCACCUCUAUGGGCUGAGGGGCAGGAAGAAGAUUGACCAUGUUUCCACCGAGGUUGUGACAGGAGCUGCAGAAGAGCCAGAAGAACUGCCCGAGCCCACAGAGGAACCGCAGCAUGGGAAACCCCAAACUGAGGCCCCCACAUCUACAGCCAUUCCAGCACAGGCGGUGCUGGAAGACCUGAGGGUCUCAAGCAUCACCUCCAGCUCUGUGCAGCUGCACUGGACUGUCCCCAGGGGCUCCUUUGACUCCUUUAUGCUGCAGUACCGGGAUGCCCAGGGCCAGCCCCAGGCCCUGCCUGUCGAUGGCGGGUCUCGCUCCGUGACGGUGCCGGGGCUGUCCCCAUCCCGCCGGUACCGCUUCCACCUCUAUGGGCUGCGUGGAGGCAAGAGGAUUGACCGUGUCUCUACUGACACUGUCACAGCCAGUGAAGAACCCUUGCCCUCAGAGGAGCCCCAACAGGAGAAGCCCAAAACUGAGUCCCCGGCCUCUGAGGCACUCCCAGCAAGAGCCGUGCUGGGGGAGCUGAGAGUCUCCAGUGUGACACCCGACUCUGUGCAGCUCCAUUGGAGCGUCCCCGAGGGCCACUUUGAUUCCUUCAUGCUGCAGUACCGGGAUGCCCAGGGCCAGUCCCAGGCCCUGCCCGUCGAUGGCGGGUCCCGCUCAGUGACGGUGCCGGGGCUGUCCCCUUCCCAGCGGUACCGCUUCCACCUCUAUGGGCUGAGGGGCAGGAAGAAGAUUGACCAUGUUUCCACCGAGGUUGUGACAGGAGCUACAGAAGAGCCAGAAGAACUGCCCGAGCCCACAGAGGAACCGCAACAUGGGAAACCCCAAACUGAGGCCCCCACAUCUGCAGCCACUCCAGCACAGGCGGUGCUGGAAGACCUGAGGGUCUCAAGUGUCACCCCCAGCUCUGUGCAGCUGCAUUGGAGCGUCCCCAGGGGCUCCUUUGACUCCUUCAUGCUGCAGUACCGGGAUGCCCAGGGCCAGCCCCAUGCCCUGCCCGUCGAUGGCGGGUCCCGCUCAGUGACGGUGCCGGGGCUGUCCCCUUCCCAGCGGUACCGCUUCCACCUCUAUGGGCUGAGGGGCAGGAAGAAGAUUGACCAUGUUUCCACCGAGGUUGUGACAGGAGCUACAGAAGAGCCAGAAGAACUGCCCGAGCCCACAGAGGAACCGCAACAUGGGAAACCCCAAACUGAGGCCCCCACAUCUGCAGCCACUCCAGCACAGGCGGUGCUGGAAGACCUGAGGGUCUCAAGUGUCACCCCCAGCUCUGUGCAGCUGCAUUGGAGCGUCCCCAGGGGCUCCUUUGACUCCUUCAUGCUGCAGUACCGGGAUGCCCAGGGCCAGCCCCAUGCCCUGCCCGUCGAUGGCGGGUCCCGCUCAGUGACGGUGCCGGGGCUGUCCCCUUCCCAGCGGUACCGCUUCCACCUCUAUGGGCUGAGGGGCAGGAAGAAGAUUGACCAUGUUUCCACCGAGGUUGUGACAGGAGCUGCAGAAGAGCCAGAAGAACUGCCCGAGCCCACAGAGGAACCGCAGCAUGGGAAACCCCAAACUGAGGCCCCCACAUCUGCGGCCAUUCCAGCACAGGCGGUGCUGGAAGACCUGAGGGUCUCAAGCGUCACCCCCAGCUCUGUGCAGCUGCACUGGACUGUCCCCAGGGGCUCCUUUGACUCCUUUAUGCUGCAGUACCGGGAUGCCCAGGGCCAGCCCCAGGCCCUGCCUGUCGAUGGGGGGUCUCGCUCCGUGACGGUGCCGGGGCUGUCCCCAUCCCGCCGGUACCGCUUCCACCUCUAUGGGCUGCGUGGAGGCAAAAGGAUUGACCGUGUCUCUACUGACACUGUCACAGCCAGUGAAGAACCCUUGCCCUCAGAGGAGCCCCAACAGGAGAAGCCCAAAACUGAGUCCCCGGCCUCUGAGGCACUCCCAGCAAGAGCCGUGCUGGGGGAGCUGAGAGUCUCCAGUGUGACACCCGACUCUGUGCAGCUCCAUUGGAGCGUCCCCGAGGGCCACUUUGAUUCCUUCAUGCUGCAGUACCGGGAUGCCCAGGGCCAGCCCCAGGCCCUGCCCAUCGAUGGCGGGUCCCGCUCAGUGACGGUGCCGGGGCUGUCCCUUUCCCAGCGGUACCGCUUCCACCUCUAUGGGCUGAGGGGCAGGAAGAAGAUUGACCAUAUUUCCACCGAGGUUGUGACAGGAGCUGCAGAAGAGCCAGAAGAACUGCCCCCGCCCACAGAGGAACCGCAGCAUGGGAAACCCCAAACUGAGGCCCCCACAUCUACAGCCACUCCAGCACAGGCGGUGCUGGAAGACCUGAGGGUCUCAAGCGUCACCCCCAGCUCUGUGCAGCUGCACUGGACGGUCCCCAGGGGCUCCUUUGACUCCUUUAUGCUGCAGUACCGGGAUGCCCAGGGCCAGCCCCAGGCCCUGCCUGUCGAUGGCGGGUCUCGCUCCGUGACGGUGCCGGGGCUGUCCCCUUCCCGCCGGUACCGCUUCCACCUCUAUGGGCUGCGUGGAGGCAACAGGAUUGACCGUGUCUCUACUGACACUGUCACAGCCAGUGAAGAACCCUUGCCCUCAGAGGAGCCCCAACAGGAGAAGCCCAAAACUGAGUCUCCGGCCUCUGAGGCACUCCCAGCAAGAGCCGUGCUGGGGGAGCUGAGAGUCUCCAGUGUCACACCCGACUCUGUGCAGCUGCAUUGGAGUGUCCCUGAGGGCCACUUUGAUUCCUUCAUGCUGCAGUACCGGGAUGCCCAGGGCCAGCCCCAGGCCCUGCCCGUCGAUGGCGGGUCCCGCUCAGUGAUGGUGCCGGGGCUGUCCCCUUCCCAGCGGUACCGCUUCCACCUCUAUGGGCUGAGGGGCAGGAAGAAGAUUGACCAUGUUUCCACCGAGGUUGUGACAGCUGACCCAGAGGAUCUGCCCCCACCCUCAAUGGACACCACAAAUAAGGCCUCCACGACUGAGGCCCCCACAGCUCAGGACCACAAACAUGAGCACUCCCAAACUGAGGCCCCCUUGGCAAGAGCAGUGUUGGGAGAGCUGAAGGUGUCCAGUAUCACACCUGACUCUGUGGGGCUGCAGUGGAGUGUCCCUGAGGGCUCCUUUGACUCCUUCAUGCUGCAGUAUCGGGAUGCCCAGGGCCAGCCCCAGGCCAUGCCCAUCGAUGGCAGGUUGCUCUCCGUGACAGUGCCAGGGCUCUCCCCUUCACAGCAGUACCGCUUCUACCUCUACGGGAUGCACAGAGGGAAAAGGAUUGACCACGUUUCCAUCAACACCAGCACAGCAGCCACAGACAAACCAGAGGAGCCACCCUCCCCCUCAGAGGAGGCCCAAACUGAAGCCGCACCAACUGAGGACAACCAACCUGAGCACCCCCAAACUGAGGUCCCCCUGGUGCGGGUGGUGCUGGGAGAGCUGAAGGCCUCCAGUGUCACACCUGACUCUGUGCAGCUACAGUGGAGUGUCCCCGAGGGCUCCUUUGACUCCUUCAUGCUGCAGUACCGGGAUGCCCAGGGCCAGCCCCAGGCCCUGCCCAUCGAUGGCGGGUCCCGCUCAGUGACGGUGCCGGGGCUGUCCCCAUCCCAGCGGUACCGCUUCCACCUCUAUGGGCUGAGGGGCAGGAAGAGGACCGACCGUGUCUCCACUGACAUUGUCACAGCCAAGAAAGAGGAGCUGCCCCUGACCUCAGAGGAGCCCAAAACUGAGGACAUCUCAUCCGAUGCCCUGCCAGCACGGGCAGUGCUGGGGGAGCUGAAGGUCUCCAGUGUCACACCCAGCUCUGUGCAGUUGCAGUGGACCGUCCCCAAGGGCUCCUUUGAUUCCUUCAUGCUGCAGUACCGGGAUGCCCAGGGCCAGCCCCAGGCCCUGCCCAUCGAUGGUGGGUCUCGCUCAGUGACUGUGCCAGGGCUGUCCCCUUCCCGCCGGUACCAGUUCCACCUCUACGGGUUGCAAGGUGGGAAGAGGAUUGACCACAUGUCCACGGAUGUCGUGACAGCAGUGCCUCAGCAGCUGGCGCUACCAUCACAGGAGCCCCAACCUGAAGACCACAACCCUGAGCAGCACCAAACAGAGACCAACCAGGGACAGGUGGUGCUGGGGAAGUUGAGGGUCUCCAGUGUCACACCCAACUCUGUGCAGCUGCACUGGAACGUCCCCGAGGGCUCCUUUGACUCCUUCACGCUGCAGUACCGGGAUGCCCAGGGCCAGCCCCAGGCCCUGGCUGUCGAUGGGGGGUCUCGCUCAGUGACGGUGCCGGGGCUGUCCCCAUCCCAGCGGUACCGCUUCCACCUCUAUGGGCUGCGGGACAGGAGGAGGAUUGACCGUGUCUCCACCGAUGUUGUCACAGCUGACCCAGAGGAUCUGCCUCCACCCUCAAUGGACACCACAACUGGGGGCCCCCCAGAUGAGGAUCGUGAAACUGCACAUCCCCCAGCUGAGGACCCUCCAUCUGAGGCCCCCUCGGCACGGGCAGUGCUGGGGGAGCUGAAGGUCUCCAGUGUCACACCCAGCUCUGUGCAGCUGCACUGGACUGUCCCCAGGGGCUCCUUUGAUUCCUUCAUGCUGCAGUACCGGGAUGCCCAGGGCCAGCCCCAGGCCCUGCCCAUUGAUGGCGGGUCUCGCUCAGUGACGGUGCCAGGGCUGUCCCCUUCCCAGCGGUACCGCUUCCACCUCUAUGGGCUGCAGGGUAGGAAGAGGGUCUACCAUACCUCCACUGAAGCUGUUACAGCUGCAACCAACUUGGAUGAGCUACCCAUGCCUUCAGAGGAGCUCCAACCAGAGGAGCCCCAACCUAAAGAUCUCCCAGUUGGGUCCCCAUUCACUGAGACCCCCUCAACACGGGCAGUGUUGGGGGAGCUGAGAGUCUCCAGUGUCACCUCCAGCUCUGUGCAGCUGCAUUGGAGCGUCCCCAAGGGCUCCUUUGACUCCUUCAUGCUGCAGUACCGGGAUGCCCAGGGCCAGCCCCAGGCCCUGCCCAUCGAUGGCGGGUCCCGCUCAGUGACGGUGCCGGGGCUGUCCCCUUCCCAGCAGUACCGCUUCCACCUCUAUGGGCUGAGGGGCAGGAAGAGGAUUGACCGCGCCUCUACUGACAUCGUCACAGCCACAGCCAAGAAAGAGGAGCUGCCCUCAGAGGAGCCCCAACCUGAGGACUCCAAAGGAAAAGACCCCGCAACUGAUACCACCCCAUCUGCAGCCCCCCAGGCACAGGCAGUGCUGGGGGAGCUGAAGGUCUCCAGUGUCACACCCAGCUCUGUGCAGUUGCAGUGGAGUGUCCCCGAGGGCUUCUUUGACUCCUUCAUGCUGCAGUACCGGGAUGCCCAGGGCCAGCCCCAGGCCCUGCCCGUCGAUGGCGGGUCCCGCUCGGUGGUGGUGCCGGGGCUGUCCCCUUCCCAGCGAUACCGCUUCCACCUCUAUGGGCUGCAGAGUGGGAAAAGGAUUGACCAUGUCUCCACUGAGGCCAUCACUGGCGCCCCAGGGACCCUCUGGGUGGGCUCUGUGUGGCCCCGUAGUGCCUGGCUGCACUGGGACCCCCUGCACGCCCCCCCUGAUGGCUAUGAGCUGGAGUAUGGCCCCCCUGGCGGACCCCAGCAGACCCUGUGGCUGCCUCCUGAGGCAACGUCGCGGCAGCUGUGGGGGCUAGAGCCGGCAGGACACUAUGGGGUGCGGUUGUGGGGCCGAGGGGGAGACCCCCAAACGGCCCCCCUCGAGGCCACCUUUGACACUCCCCCCCUCCCUCACUCGCACCCCCGGGACUGCGCCGAGGAGCAGCUGAACGGGCCGGGCCCCUCGCGGGAGACCCUCAUCUUCCUCCGGGGGGACCCGGCCCGGCCCCUCAGGGUCUUCUGUGACAUGGAGACAGACGGCGGCGGCUGGCUGGUGUUCCAGCGCCGCCAGGACGGGAGCACUGACUUCUGGAGAGGGUGGGAGUCGUACGCCCGCGGCUUUGGCAACGUCAGCGGCGAAUUCUGGCUCGGCAACGAGGCGCUGCACGAGCUGACGACCGCGACCCCUACGGAGCUGCGCGUUGACCUGCGGACUGCCCGCGACUCUGCCUUCGCGCUCUAUCGCGACUUCGCUGUCGGCGGCGCCGAGGAGCGAUAUCGGCUCAGAGUGGGAGCGUUCAGCGGCACCGCCGGGGACGCCCUCUCCUACCACUCGGGCAGCCCCUUCUCGACACGGGACCGGGACUUCCGAGACCCUCGGGACCGCCGGGACCCCUCGGGGCGGCCCCGGCCCCCCCCCUGCGCCGUGGCCUACGGGGGAGCCUGGUGGUACCGCAACUGCCACUACGCCAACCUGAACGGGCGCUACGGGACCCCCCGAGACCACCAGGGCAUCCACUGGUUCCCCUGGAAAGGCUUCAACGUCUCUAUCCCCUUCACCGAGAUGAAGCUGCGGCCACAGCGUGGCUGAGGGGGCUGGGGGGGAGGGGUCCCUGAGUGCUGGGGUUAGGGGAUCCCAAAGUCUGGGGGGCCCCCUGGGUGCUGAGGGGUCCCAGAUGGGACUUGGGGAGACUCAAAGGUGAAACUUUUAUUGGGGGGUAAUAAAAGCUGAUGGUGACUC